AUGAGCCCUAUAGAGUGGCAUGUUAUAGGCAGAAUCUUGAUCGAGAAUAAUGAUUUUCCGAUGGCACGUGAUUCAAGUACCUACAAGAGUGCGGGCGCCAGCGGCGAGGGCGGCAGGGCGCGGGGGGCGGGCGGGCGCGGCGAUGGGGCGGCGGCGGCGGGCGGGAUGGCGGUGAGCUGCCCCGAGGUGAUGUACGGCGCCUACUACCCCUACCUGUACGGCCGCGGCGCCGCGCGCUCCUUCCACCACGCGCCGCACUUCCAGUACGAUCGGGAUUUGCUUUGUUUCAAGACUGUGCAUUGUAACAGUGCAACUAGGAAUAGUAAUAAAUUGAUUUUAAAGAAAACAAAAACUAAAAUUGUUUCGAGUAUUCGUCGCACAGUCCACACUGCAGUAGCGCUCUACCCCGAAGACGGCUACAGGGCGCUGCACGCGGUUAUGCGAAACGAGCGCGCCGCGCGCCUCAUACUAAUGCGCUUGAACGUGCAGAGCGGCGGCAAUGCGGGCGAGUACGGCGGGGGCGCGGCGACGGGCGGCGCGGCGGCGCUCAGCUCGGGCUCGGCGUCGUCGGGCGCGCAGUCUCCCGGGUCGCCGCCGCACGCGCACGCGCUGCCGCACCACGCGCACCACGCGCACCUCGCGCACCACGCGCACCAGCCCGCCGCCGCGCACCACUCGCCGCGCCUGCGCACCAAGGAGGAGGACCUCUCCGCGCACGGCCGCGCCAGCGCUGACGGCGGCGGCUCGUCGGAGUCGGAGGGCGAGUGCGGCGGCGCGCGCGCGCGUGCGCAGUACGUCAGCGCCAACUGCGUCGUGUUCACGCACUACUCCGGCGACGUGGCCGCCGUCGUCGACGAGCACUUCGCCCGCGCGCUGGCCCUCGACAAGCCCAAAGAGGGCGUGCCGAUGUCGUCGCGCAACCUGCCCGCGUCGUUCUUCAACGCCACGGCGGGCCCCGCCUGCGCCGGCCUCGACCUCUACGACUACGACCCCUGGCAUCAGCACUACGCCGGGUACGGGCACGCGGCGCACCGGCACGCGGCCGAGUACCACGCGGCGGCGGCGCACCACAACAUGGCGGCGGCGGGCUACGGCGGCCUGCUGCUGGGCCGCGGCUCGCUGCACGCGCAGUACAAGCCCGUGGACUGGCCGCACGCCGCGCACCACGCGCACCACGCGCACCACGCCUCGCCGCACCUCGACCCCGCCGCCUGCUCGCCCUACUCCUACCCGGCGCCGCCCGGUCUGGAGGCGCAGGUGCAGGACACGUCGAAGGACCUGUACUGGUUCUGAGGGCGCGGAGCCGUCUCUCCAGUGUGAACUGUGAUACCCGGACUCUUGUGGCUGUGAGGACGACGCCGCGCUUCGGACCGGAUUGCACGCUAAUCCUCGUUUUUGUUGACGCCACGUCAAGAGCUGGCUUGACAGUUGAGUCACGUGUUGUUAUUACAAAAUACAAACGUUAACAUUCCGUUCGCGUACGAGAUAAUUAAACUUUCGAGUAUAAUAACUCCUGUGAAUGAGUCGUUUGCCGCUAGCGAUUUGGGACUCUCGGGGCGGGGGAGGGGGAGAAGGAGGGAGGUUAACAAAGGAAACGAGUGAUAACUUAUUUGAAAGCCGCGGAACCGACACUCGUUCGGCCGCCGCUGAUUGUUGAGGAUAAUGAUCUGUCGUUAUCGCAACUUGUCUAAGCUUGUCUCGAUUGUGUUGUACAAGUGACAAUGUUUAAAUAAAAUUAAAACCCAUCAAACUCAUUCAAUAAUUUUUUCGUGUAAAAUACAAAGUAAAGAAAAAUCUUAAGCAUAGGUAGGUAUAUUAAAGGCAAAGUUUUCGUUAACGGUUUAAUCGUCACAUUCUAUUAUUAUCUUAUCGCUGUAUAAUAAAAAUAUAACAAAUGAAAAUGUAUAAAAAAAUCUUUUCAAUAACUUCGUUAGAGAAUUUAAUAAACAAAAUGUCAGUUACAUUUGCAAUAAGAACAUCACCUCGUUUCGUGUUCUCACUGUUCAUCAAACGGUCUCCGGCGACAGCUGACACACUCCAGUAACAAUAUUCUGAGAACCAUUCGCAGAACACUCCCGCACUGGACAUAGGACUACGAAAGUACACAAUAUACAUCUACCGUGUAACUGUUACUAUUUUCCGUGAAAUGGAAUAGAACUGAAUGUGGAUCAAACUUGGACAGUUGUCGUCGUAAAUACACGCGUGUAUAACACGAUGUAAUCUAUAAGAGUUUUAAAAUAACAAAUAUCUCGAUGGCAUUGUUUGUAAGUAAUGUCAGAAGAUAAAUGAGACUAACCAAA